UUUCUCUUCUUCUUUAUAAAAAUGUUUCGCUCACAAAAAAAUCACCCUAUAAUUUUCGUCCAAGAUACAAAUUACGGAACUAUCUCUACAACUAGUAAGCUAUUCAUUAAUUUUUUAUAUAGCCAUCUCUAGAUGACUUUUAACGCAGUUUAAAAUAAAAAGAUGAAAUUCUGGACCAACUCAAAUUAAUACGAUACAGUCCACAUCUGGAAGGAGUCGACUUGGAUCGUUUUAUGCAAAUGACAGAAGACAAGGAUUUUAUGCAGUUUGGUAUUUGUAAAGAAAAAGAUCGUCGAAAACUCUCUGUAUGUGCAAGAUCCAUGCGCAGCACCUCAUAUUCGUCAAAUAUCCAUCCUAAAGCUGGACAAGAGAAUCCCAUUGUACCUUUAACACCUACGUCAGAUGGUCUUCACUUGUCUAUCACUACUCCUUCUUUAAUUGAUGAUAGUGACAGUAUCAGUAGUAGUAGUAGCGAUUACGGUUACUCACUACGAUACCGUGAAGAAGAAGAAGAAGGAGGCGAACAAGCAUGGCCCAAUUCAAUUAUUAAAAAGCCUAACCAUGACGAAAGAGUCCAUCGUCAUUCCUUACCCUCAUCAUCAUCACCGCCUAGUUAUCGUGAUUCGAUUGAUGACAAACCCAGACGUCAUUCCUAUACCGAAGGCUGUGUUCGAUCUGUAAAUGAUGUCAAGGAAAAGCUACCAAAGUAUACAUGUACUGUUCAAAAAAUGGGCAAGGUAGAAGCAAAGGUAGAAUAUGAAACACCAGGAAACAAACCUCGUCGUAGGAAAUGGAAAGAUGUCUACUUGGAGUUAUUAGGGACAAUGCUAAAGGUAUAUCAAGUCAAACCAGCGAAUACACCAUCAGCCGGUGGAUACCCUUAUUUUGCCACAUUAGCAUCCUAUUAUGAGCCGUUGAAAUACAGUUUAUUAUAUAAUCUCUCCUUGGCCAAUAUAAAGGCCGAAGUAGCUUGGGAUUAUACCAAGAAGGAUCAUGUAUUCCGAAUUAUUACUCUGGAUGGCCCACAGCUUCUGAUAAAAGCACAAUCCAAUGCGUCUGUAAGUCUAUGGAUUGAUAAAAUAGCUUCUGGAUCGAACAUUGCGCUGGAUUUGGAGUCUAGACGUAUGCCUAAUUUAGAUAGGGUUCAAGUAGAGCCUUUUGAAGGUUGGAGUUCAUCCACAAGGCUUUCGUAUCAAGAAUAUCUCAAUGAAGACCGAAGAAGAAGAAACACGAAUUCUGCUUCAACGAUUCUGUCGAUACAUUAAUUUAACUAUUAUUUUUUACAUGUUGUUUUGAUUGGGUAGUUUUUCCUCAAAAAAAUUACCUGAAAAAAUAAAGUGAUGGUGGUCCUUAUUAUUUUCUAUCUCUCUCA